AUGGCCACGACGGAGCUGCCGGCGACGCCGACGACGACGACGACGGAGCCCGAGAAGGACGCGGUCCUGCCGGCCUUCCUCAGCAAGACCUUUGAGAUCUUCUCACGCUCCGACUUUAGCCACAUCUGCGGCUGGAAUUCCGCGGGCGACACGAUCAUCAUCCACGACCCGGACGUGUUUGUCAAGCAGGUGCUGCCCCGCUUCUUUAAGCACCGCAACCUGCCCUCGUUCGUGCGCCAGCUCAACAUGUAUGGCUUCCAUAAGAGCGUGCUCGACUCGAACAAGCGCGAGUUCCGCCACAAGAUGUUUCUGCGCGACAAGCCGCAGCUGCUGCACCAGAUCAAGCGCAAGGUCAACACGUCGACCGCGCCGACCGCCGCCGCUGUCGUCGACGCCAAGGCGCGCAACGAGUGGAGCGAAGAGAUCCUCAGCGAGAUGAAGUCGCUCAAGUCGAAGAGCGACCUCAUGGAGAAGCGGCUCCGCGACGUCGAGAUUGACAAUGCGAUCGUCCGUAGCGACAACAUCAAGCUCUGGAAGCAGCUCGAGACCGCGAAGGAAAAGCAGAUGAUCAUGCAAGAGAAGAUGAAGAAGAUCUUCUGGGUCCUCUUCCAGAUCUACCGUGGCAAAGGCGGCCAAAUGGCCAAGCUCGCAACCGACCAGAACGGCGCGAUCCUCACCGACGAUUUGGUGGCCAACGCCAGUCGUGCGGCGCCCAAAGAGUUCCUCGACCGCCGCCACCGACAAGCUCCAACUGCCGAAACCAAUCGGAAAAAACGCAAGUUUGUCGAAGUGCCGCCGCUUCCUGCGAUUGCGGCCGCGACGCCGGUCCUCUCGGACAAGCUCUUUGACAUCCCGUCGACGACAGGCCGGGAAGCAACCGCCAACCUGCUCCUGGGCCCGUCCGAGCCCAAGCGCUUGGCGAUCGAUCGCGGCGUGAAGGCACCCAAGGUGGCCAAGACGACGAACGCUCUUAGCCUCUUCUCGCCGCCGACGGCCUUUCCCAACCUGGAAAAGUCGCACAGCUUCGACAUGCGCCUCCCGGACGGCGCUGAGAUGAACCCCGACAUGCUGCUGGGCCACGGCGACGACCUCAUGUUUCACGGCGACAUCAACUUUAACGACGCCGAUGCCGAGGGCGUGUUCAACCGACUCGAUGACAUUGAGAAGAACUUGCUCCACGAAUACGACGCCACGUCGCUCGACUCGCUUCUCGAGGAGUUUUCCUCGGCCGAUGCGCCGAAAGACCCCAGCGCCAGCUCGGACCUCGAGCUCUUGCCGUGA